AUGGAUGAUGCAACGUAUUCAGCUGAGAAAGCAAUUGCGUAUGAUAAUGCUGGUCGAUAUGAUGCGGCCAUUUAUUUCUAUGUUGAUGCUGCGAAUACGAUUCUGAAUUUGAUCCGUCAAAAUAAGGUUCCGGCAUCGUUCAGAGCAAGUGCAGAAGGAUACAUCAGUCGAGCUGAGUAUCUCAAAGUUCAGCGCACGUCGAUGGUGUGUAAAAAUAUCAAAGAUGAGCAUCAGAAUAAUUUGGAACGUUCUGAAUUCCUUCUCUAUCAAGCGUUAGACGCCGAUCAAGCGGGUAACGCAUCUGACGCCAUUACUCUGUACUCUGAGGCCAUUCAACUUUGCUUAAAAUCGGCGGCUACAUGUGGCCCUGAAAUGCAGAAAAAGUUACGAGAUUUAGCGAAAAGAGCUCUUGAUCGUGCGGAAAUUCUCAAGGGACACAGCAGUAAAGAGCAAUCAACUGAACACAUCGGUCUACCUGAAGUGCCAACCGAUGAGCUGUCGCACUUGAAACUUGACGAUCGGAGUGGAAAAGGGUCGCGUUCGGCUGGUUCCACCCCAACAAAGGUAAGUAAGGUCAUAACCACCGACGGUGAAGAUGAUGGACGUCUCGGAAAAGAUGAACUUGCUGUGUUGGCUGUUACGUCGAACAUCAACUCACGACAAUACGUACCAUUUUUAGCGGUUGAUCUCAAGGAACGCUUCGCUUAUCCUGUACCGUUUACUGAUCAUCAUGGACUGCUCGUAUUGGCUGCUAAACAAAAGCAGCGUUUAAGUAAAUGGUUAAGACCAAACGAAAUCAUGCAGUCACCAACAAUUAUUCAAAACAUUGAUAGUGGUACUAUCAAACAGACAAUUGUUUCGGACUGCUCCUUUAUCGCUUCGCUUUCCAUAUCAGCCAGAUAUGAGAAACGAUUCGGAAAACGUUUGGUGACGAGUAUUAUCUUCCCACAAAAUAAACGCGGUGAACCAAUUUAUAAUCCUUGUGGUAAAUACAUGAUCAAGUUGCACAUCAAUGGAGUUUGGCGAAAGGUAUUUGUAACGAGUAUUAUAAGGAUUGAUAAAGUUAUUGCAGAGUUUUUAAUUGAUGUCACUUGUAAGAGGAGUUUUUUGGCGCUUUAA